AUGGCUAGACUUACAUUACCACCUUCAAGUCCCUCGCAAGUAUCAUUACCACCUGACAAAUUUUCCGCCAUAAAAACUGCUAAUUAUACUCAAAUUCCUACAUGGGUGUCUCUCAGAUCCAAUUCUUCUUCACUCAAAAACCCCCAACUCCAACAAGGCCGUCUCGAAAACGUUCAUUUAGUAUCUCUAUCAAAACAAGGAAAGCUCAAGGAAGCUCAUAGAUUUCUCGAAGAAAUGGACGAGGCCGGUGUUUCAGUUAGUCCUCGCUCAUAUGAAUCUUUGCUUGAAACGUCUGGGAAGUUAAGAUCUUUAUCAUAUGGAAAAUUAAUUCAUGAUCGAUUGAGAACAACAGUGGAAAACCCACCUGGGUUUCUGGAGAGCCGUGUUCUCCAAAUGUACUGUGAUUGUGGUAGUUUUUGGGAUGCCCGGAAAUUGUUCGAUGAAAUGCGCGUAAUAAGUAUGGCUUCAUGGGUUAUAAUUAUAUCCGCUUUUGCACGGGAAGGACUUUUAAAGGAUGCUUUGAAGUUGUUUUCUCAAAUGCAAAACAUGGGAAUUGAAGCCAGCCCGUCAAUCUACAUUAGCCUUUUGAGUUCUUUGUUAGACUCUUCAUAUUUGGAGCUUGGUAAACAGUUACAUUGCCAUGUGAUUAAAUCGGGAUUCUAUGAUAAUGUAUCUAUGGAUACUGCAAUAACAAAUAUGUAUGUGAAGUGUGGUUGUUUGGACAUUGCUGAGUUAGCUUUCAAUAGGAUGAAUGAAAAGAAUGCGGUAACUUGGACUGGAUUGAUGGUGGGGUACACUAAAGCUGAGAAGCAAGAGCAUGCCAUAAAAUUGUUUUGUAGCAUGGUGAAAGAAGGUGUUGAAUUGGACGAGUUUGUGUUUUCAAUUACACUCAAGGCUUGUGCUGGCUUGAAGGACCUGGAAAUGGGGAGGCAAGUACAUGGUUAUAUCAUGAAACUUGGUUUGGAAUACGAGGUGACAGUUGGCACUCCUCUGGUGGACUUCUAUGUUAAAUGCAGAAGUAUGGAAUCAGCUUGUCGAGCAUUUGAGAGGAUAUCUGAACCGAAUGAUGUUUCAUGGAGUGCUAUAAUCUCUGGCUAUUCUCAAAUCGGUGAAUUUGAUGAUUGCAUUAAGAUAUUUAAUUCUCUAAGGAGUAAAGGUGUGGUUUUGAAUGAUUUUAUAUACACUAGUAUUUUUCAAGCAUGCUCUGUGCUUGCAGAUUUGAACUUAGGCUCCCAAGCUCACGGAGAUGCAAUUAAAAGAGGUCUAGUUUCGUACCUUUAUGGAGAGAGUGCCCUGAUUACUAUGUAUGCCAAAUGUGGCAGAUUAGACUAUGCCUAUAAAGUGUUUGAAUCGAUAGAUGAACCCGAUACAGUGGCUUGGACUGCUAUAAUUGCUGGUUGUGCUUGCCAUGGUACUGCUUCUGAAGCUUUAAGCCUUUUUAGGCAGAUGCGGGCUUGUGGUGUGAGGCCAAACACAGUCACAUUUAUUGCACUUUUUACUGCUUGUAGCCAUUCGGGUUUAAUAACGGAAGCCAAGCAAUAUUUGGAAUCAAUGAGUAGUGAGUAUGGUGUACACCCCAUUAUUGAUCACUAUGAUUGCAUGGUUGAUACAUACUCACGUGCUGGGCAGCUAGAGGAGGCACUUGAAUUGAUAAGAACUAUGCCAUUCAAACCAGAUGCAAUGAGUUGGAAAAGUUUAUUGGGCGGGUGCUUAAUCCAUCGGGAUUUCAAAAUUGGUGAAAUUGCAGCUGAAAGGCUCCUUGAAUUGGAUCCGGAGGACACUGCCGCAUAUGUUCUCAUGUUCAACUUGCAUGCUUCAUCUGGACAUUGGGAAGAAGCAGCUCGUUAUAGGAGAAUGAUGGCUGAAAGAGAUCUAAGAAAGGAAGUCAGUUGCAGCUGGGUUAGUAUCAAUGGCAAAGUGCAUCGUUUUAUCGUGGGUGAUAGGCAUCAUCCUCAAACAGAAGAAAUAUACUCCAAGUUACAGGAAUUCAAAUUUACAAGAACUAGCAAUGAAAAUUCAUUUCUAACCGAAGAUGAUGCAUCAUUGGGUUUGCUGGAGCGAAAGGAACAGCUUCUUGAUCAUAGUGAGAAACUUGCAAUUGCAUUUGGGCUUAUUUCAACCCCAAAUAAUGCCCCCAUUGUGGUUUUCAAGAAUCUCCGGGCUUGCAAGGAUUGCCAUGAUUUUGCAAAAUAUGUAUCAAAGGUCACAGGCCGUCAAGUUGUUGUCAGGGAUUCCAACAGAUUUCAUCACUUCAAGUCAGGGGAAUGUUCUUGUGGUGAUUACUGGUGA